AUGGGGAAGGACAAAGCGGACAAGAAUCCGAGCAAAAGGCUGAGAGAAAAUGGCUCGCAAACGGAUGAAGAUGAUGAACAUGUGGGGGUCGGUGGAGUAAUGUCAGCACGCCUCGAGGAAAUGAACACUAAACUAGAUCAAGUUUUAACAGCGUGUGGUGAAAUUGCACUACUAAAAGAUGAAAUACGCAAGCUGAGAGAUGAAGUAAAGAAUUUAAAACAAUCUUUGCAAUCUGCUGAGGAAGAAAUUGAAAGUCUACAAGAAAGUCAGAAAGAAACUUCUGCACAAGUAAAAGAAAACAAUGAAGACAUUGACUUCUUGUUCGAGGACAUUGGAGCGCUAAGACGCAGAAACAUCAAGUUGGAAGCCUAUACAAGACGUGAGAAUGUAAGAAUUUUCAAUGUCGAGGAAGAAGAGGAUGAAAAUACUGAAGAGCUGGUAAGAAGUGUCUUCGUCGCUAAUUUGAAAAUUCCGGCGGAUAAAGUCAACGAUAUCCGCUUUGAGCGAGUUCACCGAAUCUCCACUAAUAAUUCUAGUCUAAGAGCUCCGUCC